AAGAUGCAUUUUAAUCAUUUAAAAUACACAUAGAAAAUAUAAGGAUAAGUUCUUUUCUAUAUAGGUGGAGCACCUGAAGGACAUAUUCAAAGAUAUGAGGAUAUAAAUUAUUUUCAGUUUGGAUACAUAACUUUUCCGCAGAAUGCGCACAAAAAUUGACUAGUUUUCAUGGUGAGUUUCAGAACAUUUGACUUUAUAAUUUUAUAAAUUAGAUGCAUUUUUACAAUUGUAUAUAUGUGUAUUAAAUGAUUAAAAUGCAUCUUUAGACCUCUGUAGCAGCAUAUCGUCUAUACGAGUAAAUAAUGUGACCAACCUCAAUUUUGUGACGCCAUCUUGGUUGUUCAUGUCAAGUUACCUUAAAAAUAACAUUAAAAAGUAGAAAAUUCUAACUGAAUGACUGGACGACUGAAAAAUCGAGAUCUUAUAUUUAUGAAACAUGUCCUCAUUAUGAUGCAAAAAGGACUGUGGGUCUUAGUGUGCAGUGUGUUUCUGAUGUGUAUUUGUUAUCAAAUUAAUCUUUUCGAAUUCAAAGGUAUCCAAGAAACAUAUGAUAUGGACAUGGUAGAUGAAACUUACUCCAAGGAAAUGUUUCAAAGAAUAUCAAAUGAUACAGAUAUGUUCGUAUAUUCCGCAUACUUCGACUACCGAGCAGGCCAUAUACGAGUGAUUGGUGUAUCUGCGCUUAAAAAUGCUACUGCAGUAUAUUGCAUUUUAAGAUACAACAACAAAUCGCCCUCAUAUAGAUAUUUAAGGGGACACAUUAUGGUUAUCCCGGAUCACCUUGGUCGAAAGUAUAAAGCAGUCUAUGUAAUAUGUCAACUGAAUGGACACAAGCCUCCCAGUACAUUAACAAUUUCAAAGAACAAAGAUUUUAGAAGUGAUGACAACAUUUUACCUGUACACCUGAUUCCAACGACAUUUCCAACAAUGCGAAAUUUCACUGUGUGUUUGUCACCUUUGCAUAACAACUUUUCAAAAAACAUGCAACUUUUAGAAUGGCUUGAAAUGACAAUGCUCUUGGGUGUUGAUAAAGUUGAUAUAUAUGUUCACAGUUGUUCUAGUGACGUCAUGACACGUCUGCAAAUGUAUCAAUCUAGCGAAUUCAUUACAAUCAUCAACUGGCCGUUACCGAAAUACCUUUGUAAUACUUAUUUAUUGCAUUAUUGUGGACAGCUUGCAGCCCUGAAUGAUUGUCUUUAUAGAACGAAAGGAUACAGUAAAUACAUUGCUGUUAUGGACAUUGAUGAGUUGAUUAUUCCACAGAAACAUGAGGACAUGACAUGGAACGAUAUUUUACACAGACUUCCUUCUAAAAAUGCAUACGUUUUUCGAAACGUAAUUUUUAUAAGAAACAAAAGCCGAGAGAAAACUGAAGGAAAUUUGAUAACGCAGGCCAAUACUUUGAGACACACACUCGUAUUUCAAACCUUCGAUAGGUCAAAAUAUAUUGCAAAAGCUGACAACGUUGAAACGCUGGGUAUUCACUUUGUUCGGACUAUGAACGGAUCUCACUAUUCCGUUGAUCCUUCUAUUGGAUUGUUACAUCACUAUAGAUGGAAAGGUGUGCCGGGUAUUAAGAUUAACACAGUGCAACAUCAAGUUGCAAAUAAAUAUUCUCAUGAACUGAGGAAGAGAAUAUAUUUACAACUUAAUAACACUAAUUGUUCUCGUGUGUUGUAACUUAAAACAAACAAUACCUAUUCUACAUGUUGUCAUGAUUAUUUUGUUUAACCUGUUUGACUCAUAACAGUCUCGGAUUUAGUUUGCAAAUCUGGAAUUUUUGCAAACUCAGCUACCUUUUAUCUUUGAUUUUUAUGUGAUCUUUUGACACCUAACAAUAGUUCGGGUCUCAUAGAGAAAUAAUUGGCCAUUUCCUUUCAAAUAUCUCAAACAACGAACUCUUGGGACGGCUUCAAAGUUAGUCCUCCCAUGGGAGUAUUUUUUUCUCCCGCGGGGUUUUCGCUAUCCCAUGGGAGGUCCAAUCGGAGGUUUUCUCCCACUUUAAGAAUUGCGGGAGAAAUACCCCAUUGGGUUUUAACAAAAUUUCUGAAAUUCAUUAUUUAUCGCUGGUAAGUAUAUCUUAGUCUUUACUGUCGUGUUGUUUCUAUAUUAAACCUGAAAAUAACCGUUGUGAAAAUCUCCCACUGGAGGUUUCCUCCCACAUGUGAUACUGGCGAACUCCAGCGGGAGAGUUCACCUGCGGGAGAAUUUCUCCUGUUUUGAAAAUGGGGUUAUUCUCCUGUUUUGAAAAUGGGGUUAUUCUCCUGUUUUGAAAAUGGGGUUAUUCCCCCAUUUAUUCUUACUUUCAUAUACAGAAUCUGUUCUUGGUAGUUUACGCAACAAUUUGUAAUUACAACAGAUUUUUUAAAAAUAAUAAUAACAACAACAACAAGUUAACAGUAAUAAUAAUAAUAAUAAAUAAAUAAAUAAUAAUAACAACAACAAUGAUAAUAAUAAUAACAAGAACUCUAAAUGCUUAUUUUCGUGUAAAGUUAUUUAUGCUUAUAAGAGAUCUCACCUCAAAUAAAUUAUGCUAGCUAUCUUCUAUUAGAGGUAAUAAAUAUGUUAACGCGCACCGUAAUAGCCCGCGGGCGGGUUUUACAGCUUCCGCAGGAAUUCACCCGUGACGUUUUUCUCUUGUUACCUGUAUGGUCAAAAUUAAGAUUUGCAUUAGUGGUUCUUUAUGUCAGAUUGUUUCUACGCUUUUGCUGAAUACUUUGUGCAGCCGCAUCGUUUUAUCUAACUGAAUUUAGCGGGUUUUUUUUUGGCAGUCAGCUCUUAAUUUUCAGUCUGCUUUUCAAGUUUGAAUCUUGUUUCAUUCAGGCCUGCUGUUUUUUUUUUUCUCUUUGCUUAUCCCUUUUUAAAAUGGAUUAGCUUUGAUUUCUAUUUUUAUAUUUUAAUAUUUCAUUUUUACAUCAGUAUAUUAUACUGUAAAUGAAAAAUACUUUUGUAGUUUGUUUAGUUAGCUUUACAUGUUCAUUUCCAAAGGAACCUUAAUUAAACAGAACUAACAUUAACAAUUGUGUAAAACUAAUACUGUACCAUAAACAUUAAUCAUUACGUGAUUUUCAAUGAGCAAAUAAGUUACGUUUACGGUAUUAUUAUUCUUUGCUGACUUGAUUUUGAUUUCAUACAAAUGCGCAGCUGAUAAAUUAGCUUAUUGCACUUUUUUUACCAUGUUAUAAAUAUUCGCAAUUACAUGAUAUUGCACUUUAAACGAUAACAAAAAUUUAAAACAGGCAAUGUCCUUGACACAUCCUUGAAUUUUAAUCAUGUUAAUCAAUAUAAAAGUCAGCAAGUGUCCAAAAUACUGUAACUGAAUAUAUGAAAGAUCAAUGUUUUCGAAAAAUAGUUUUUCUUUGAUAUUCUUUUACUUCGGUGACCUUACAAGCUAUAAGAUAAAAACAGUGAAAUAAAUAUAAAUGUCUAUUUUUUAAAAUUUAUUUGUCCGUUUCCGUUUCAAGGUCUACGGGAGGUAUAUGUCGCAAUUAAACUGAUUGCUAGUAUUCUUUGUAUUAUUUUCGGUUUAAUCCCGUUUUUCAACAUUAUUUCAUAUAAGUAACGACAGGCAUAAUAUUGUCAAUAGGGCAGUGCUCAUCAGAGAUGGUGCACUGUGACACAUUUACGGCAUCCUUUAAAUCACAACAGGAAGCAAACGGCUAACCCAUUGGUCGAAUUACUGACUCAAAAUCAACACCUGCCUUAUCGGAGCGGCUAAAUAUUAGAGGGGUGAGCAGCUACAUCUACAAAGAUACAAAUCACACAUUAAUCAGUAGAUCGCAUUUAUACGGAAUUCCGUUAGGGUCAUCGCCUUUGAAUGUGUUCAUCUGAAACGCGAUACUCGAUAGUACGACGAUGAAAACGCGAAAUAACAAAACAACGAUAACGAAAACGCGACAACACGAUGUUAAAUACGCGAUACUACGAUAACGAGAACACGAUUAUACGAUAGUACGAUGAUGAUAAUGUGAUAAACUGUCGUGUCGCGUUUUUACCAUUGCACUGUCGCGUUUUCGUUAUCAUAGUAUCGUUAUUUCGCGUUAUCAUCAUCGUACUAUCGCGUUAUCAUCAUCGUACUGUUGCGUUAUUAUCUUCGUACUGUUGCGUUAACAUCAUCGUACUGUCGCAUAAUCAUUAUGGCAUCAUUGCCUUCCGGUGCGCAUGUGCAUGCUCAAAAUUAAAAGAUUAGAAGUUAUGCUUUUAGAACUACAGCUCCCGCCCUCAAGAUAGGGCGAUAUGCAGAUUCGAACCCGGGUCCUCAUGUAUGAAAAUCAUGAUUUUUAUUGAUGAUCUCCACUAGCUACAGGUGCCAGUUAGCCAAAAGCAACAUAAUUAACUAUUCAUUUUGUAUUGGCAACUAAAUAGACAUUUACAGAGAAUGAAUUUAAGGAGGCGAACAAGUUCAACAGGCUUUGAAAAUUUGACUGCAUUUCUCAUUCCUGUAAAAUCAUGAAUAACAUUUCUGAUUAAAGGAUAUUAACUCUAUCACUUUUGGUUGUUAACCGCUUUACUUUUUAUUUUGACAUGUGAAAACUGAAAAUGAAAUGCUAUGUAUUUCUGAAGAAAAUCCCCAGACGUUACUGCAUUAAAAUGAAAAUAUGUGCCAUGCAAACUGAAAAAAAAAAAAAUAAUAAUAAAAAAAAAAAAAAAAUUCUUCGAAUAUUUGCGAUGUUCCGAUUUCAGCGUGGUUAUGCGUCUUAUGGAAUUCAACAUCGAUAACUUGAGUUUUACAAGACAUGCAUUCGCUUGAAUUUAAUUUUCAGUGUAGAAAUAAAAGCCAUCAUAUUUGUGCCGAAAACAUUCAUCGACAUAUUUGUGAAAAUAUUCAUGUUAGACACAAAACACUCUCUGAUCAUGUUACAAUAUGACAUUCUCUUUUGUUGUUAUUAAUCUUGUACAACAUAGAAAACUCAUAGCGAUUGACCUGCGGAGUGUUUGCAAAAUAACAUACUUGGUUUUACCUGGAAAACGUUAUACAACCCAUGAACAAGCAACAUAAAUCAUUUUGAAUUUUAACAGUACUAAAUUAACAUGACAAAUAUUAACCAGAACUCUGCUUGGGGAAUUCUCCUAUGCACAUAGGCCACGGAAGGCGAUAUGAUGAUGAUGACGUGACAGUACGAUGGUAAUAACGCGACAGUACGAUGAUGAUGAUGCGACAGUACGAUGAUGAUAACGCGACAGUGCGAUGGUGAUAGCGCGACAGUAUGAUUGUGAUAACGCGAUAGUACGAUAGUGACGAUUGUGAUAACGCGACAGUACGAUGAUCAUGACGCGACAAUACGAUGAUGAUAACGCAACAUUGCGAUGGUAAUAGCGUGACAGUACGAUGGUGAUAAUACGAUAGUACGAUGAUGAUAACGCGACAAUAUGAUACUGGUAACGCGACAGUACGAUGGUGAUAACGUGAUAGUACGGUAAUGAAUUUGCGAAAUCACGAUACUACGGUAACGAAAACACGAUGAUACGAUAUUACGAUGGUGAAAACGCGACUGUACGAUCAUACUAUCGCAUGAUCGCGUUUUCGUCAUCGUGUUGUCGUGUUUUCGUUAUCGUAGUUUGGUGAUUUCGCGUUUUCAUCUUCGUACCAUCGAGUAUCGCGUUUCAGAUGAACACAUUCAAAGGCGAUGGCCAUAACGGAAUUCCGUACAUUUAACGUUUUAAUGUCGCUUUUUACGGCUAAGUAAUUAGUAAUUGUGUAUUCGAAAGUUGUUGUUGUUUUUUUUUUUUUUUUUUUUUUUUUUUUUCACAAAACACAUCAAUGACAUGUGUGCGACCCAUUGUUGUGUCCUUAUUUUUUAAAAUUAUGUAAAAAAAAAAAAAAAAAAAAGAAAAGAUUUAUGAUAAUAUUGAUAUGAUUCAGAUAAAUCCUUAUUGUACUAGUAUUUGGAUUAAUUGCUCCAAAAUGCUAUCGAAUAUUAUGUCUUAUAUUUUUAUAUAUUUUUGAUAUAUACUUUGAAUUUGAAUAAUGUUUGUUAAGCGAGAGAAAGAAGAAAUCCAUAGUUUUGUUGGAGAGAAGAUUGAAAAAUAUCAUAGCUCCAUGUUUUAUGUUACUGCUUCGCAUUCAUCAAAACAGAAUAUUUGUGCAGCACAAAAAAAGAGACAAGUCAACGCCGCGAACAACAGUUUUAUUUAUCAAGUUAAAAUGGGACCGGGUAUCAGAAGAGCAGAUAAUUAUUUACUAUUGAUUUAAUAUAAUUUAUAAUUUGUUUCCUUUUCAAUCACAGUCGUAACUUAGUUUCUUGAAAGGAAUAUGAGCCGGAAACUUUAAAUACGUCAAAAUCUUUUAUUUCUCUUUAGAUAAUUAUCUUUCACUUGCGCAAUGACUGUGGGGUAUUACGUAAUGCGCGUUUCUUACCUAGUGAUCAUACGACACCAGGCCGACUGUGUAGCACCGACCAAUAUACGACGUAAUAAAAUAUAACAUCACGGCAAAUAGAAUAUUUCGCUUUCUAAAUCCUGUCUUAUUUACACAACCUUACGUUUAUGUUUUCAACGUAUUCAGAAUUUUUUUAAACAUACCAAUAAACUAAAGUUUAAUUCCAUUACUCCGAUAACAAGGAAAACUAUAUAUCAUAUAUCUUAACCUAUAUAAUGCUGGACACAGCUGAUUCUGCCUUUGCGACCAGUGUAGAUCAUGAUCAGCCUGCAUCAGUGCAGUUUGAUCAAGAUCUGCAAUGUUCGCAAUUCAGUCAGCGUUCUCUUGUAACAGUGAAUAGUACCGUCCAAACUGAAAUUUGGACAAGUUUAUUAAAGCAAUUUAGCAUAGUAAGGGUAAAACUGUAUAUUUCAACAUUUUGAGAGACUUAAAAUUGAGUUGACCUCCUUUUGAAUAUUGUUACCCUUUUUAUGAAAAAAUAAGUUCACGGAGUACAUAGGGACGGGAGAGUAGAGGUCGGGGUAGGCAGAGAAGACACAAUCAGUAACAUGGAAUUGCCUGAAACAAUGCCUACAGAAUGUUUGGUUUGCAUUUCAUGCAUUCACAUUUACAAACAGAAACUGACUUUUUUUCGGUCAGCUAUGUUUUUAUGUAUUUUGUGAAUAUGUGUUUCAUUUUGCAAACUGUUGUCCUUGAAUGCGGAAAUUAUUUUUCAAUAAUUCAUGAUACACAGUGAGUAAAUAAAUCAUAAAAACGGCAACAUUACUUUUUUACUAUUUACUAAAGAUAUAUUUUCUCCAAGCGUUUGACGCCGUAAAUAAUUCCAGUGUGUUAAAAGCAGUGUGUAUUUUGCGAAUCCCUUAAAAUGUAAUAUUUACAGCUGUCUCAUCAACAUUUAGAUUGUAGAAAACAUAAUUAAACGAUAUUGGUUCAACGCCAAUAAAACACAGCUUGACCCGUUAUAUUAUACCACUCCCAUUCAUUUGCACAAAGUUAAAAGGGUCCUCUAUUUCAGCCAGUCAGAUACAACGGAAAAAGAUAAGUCACACUGCAGGCAUGACGUAUACUUGUGCAUUGUUUCAACAAUAAAACAAUAUUCUUUUUGACAGAAAUUUUCCGAAAUGAGCUUGUUUAUUGGCUAGGUUAUGUUGUCAGUAAGUAAAUUUAUAUAGAAUAAUGCGGCAAUUAUAAAUAUAAGAAUAAACAUUAAAUAUUAUGUAAUAUUUAUCCAGAGAAUUAUUGAAAUAUUUGAGCGGAUGUGUUUUGGUAGUACCAAGACGAAAUUGUCAUAUCAGAAUGGAUCAGAUAUGCAAAAUUUGGAAAAAAAUCAAUGAAAAACUUCAAAGUAAAUAGAAAAUUAAUUUAUUAUAUCAAAAUACCCGGAGUAAUAUUUUGUUGCUCAUGUUGGUAUUAUCAUAUCCAGUUUUCCUUAAGGCAAAAAAAAAAGGAAAGAAAAGAAACAGUUAUACGUUUUAACACAAAUGCUGCGGUCAGAUCUUUUAAAGAUAUAUACAAGUGUGUCAGAAGUUUAUUGCUUUUAAAUUGUUUGGAUCCUUGCUUAUUUUUCUAAAGUCCGUCUGUUAUAGAAGUGCUUAUUGCGAACAUACUUAAGAAGGGAGGGUCGUUAUCUAAUUUCCGCGGAAAUGUUAAUUUAACUGGUAUUUCGGUGUCGUUCUUCAUUUCGUUUCUUGAAUUAUAAAAAAGUAACAUAAAUUAAAUGGUAGUUAUAACGAACUUUCAAGAUGUAAAAUCUGAUUCGUUGUAAAAUAUAUAAAAUUUUCCCGUUAUUUUUACACAGACCACCAGAAUAUAUAUAGACUAAAAUUGUUUCGUGAAUUAUUUUUCAUAAGAGGGACGUUAAUAUAUGCUCUAACGUGCGUUGGGUGUGCUUUUAUUAUUAUUAUAAUUAUUAGUCUCAAUUCCUACAAGACCAACGGACAAACUCACGAUUUACUAUGCAAGUUAUAUUCACUCUCUAGAAGCUUGUCCCAGGUAUUUCUUUCGUAUGAGUACUCGAAUAUUUAUCAUUCUUCAAAAUAUAUGCUAUAAUAUGAGCAAAGAAAAUAUACAGACAUAAAUGAUAAUAAAAGAACAAGAGCGGUAAGAGAGUGUCUGAUCGGUAGCAAUAUUAGUGAAAUACAAAUUAAAUUUAAUACAUAACAUUAUUGUAUUAUUUUUAUUCAGUAAUUUACUGAUAUACAACGGGUGACUUUAAUAUCAGGCAUACAACGUUCAAUGUUCCAAACAGAAUGAUUUUCGUUUUUACUGCCACAGGACCAAACUUGAAUUCUUAAGAGUAUGAAUUUUAAAAAAAAGUGGAAUUUCCCGAAAAGUAUUAAUCAGUUAAUAAGUAUGCAAAAGCAAACAGAAUUUGAAUUUCGCUCCAUGGUAUUCAAAUAUAAAGAAAAUAUAAAAAAUAAUAUGAACCAAGGCACUGCCUCAAUCGGGAUUUAAAGGUAAAAUUUGUAAUAAUUAAAAAAUACUGCCCAUGCUUGUACUGAUGGACAAGUUAUGUGGACGCUUAUAACGCACAAGGAAAAAGUGUAUUCUUCCAAAAAUCCGAAGUCAGACGCUCCGUGCAGGUGUCGGAAAGACACAUUUUUUUUAAUUCCUUCGAUAGUAUAUCGCAUUCGGUAUAUACCGUAUGUUACUGUAGAGGGAUCGAUCCGGAUUUUCGUUUCUUCGGUUGGACCGAUUCCCUAUCUAAAAAAGAACUACUUUUUUUCCCCAGUUUCAGCACCCUACUGUCAUGAAUUUGUGUAUGACGUUUUCGAAUGCGCAUCGACCACUUCGAGUACGGGAGGCCGUGGGUUCGAUCCCCGGCCACGUCAUAUCAAAGACGUGAAAUGGCACUAGUAGUUCCCUUGCUUGGCGCUCAGCAUUAAAGGGAAACUUGCCACAUCUCCCAUACCAUCUUGGCGAUGGAUUCAAUCAGGAAUGAGGUGUCGAGAGUGAUUAAUGUAAGUUGUAGAACUUGCUUUACAAUUGACCAAAAAUAAAUGUAUAAACUAAAUGCGUAUCACGCUGUGUAAUCAAAUAAAAAAAAAAUAAUAAAACACAUGAAAAGAAAAUAAGUACGAUCGAAUUUCAAACAUGCUUUUACUUCUUUUUACAUUUUACCUGCGUGUUAGCGAAAAUAUUGCAUCUGAUGUCAACACUGUAAGAAAUAUUUCGAUUUAAGACUGAUUAAGAAACAAACAAACAUUCCUUAUACCGUAACACUUAAUUAGAUAAUGGUCUAAAGAGACUUUAAAACCUUAUCUAUCAUGUGACAUAACAAUGUAAUAAAAAUGUCAUAUUAUAGCUCAUCUAACACCAGUCCGAAUUGCAAUGGAUCCGUCCAAUUAAGCGCACCAGGUCAUAAAUCCCCCCGCUGUCACGCCGUAGUGACUUUAAAUUGGAUUAGUGCGAGAGAAUAUACAGGCACUGAUUAAGGACUUUAUUCAGGUUUGUAGAUUUUAACCGUUUGUUGCAUAUUUAUUGUAUCUUGAGAAACUUUAAAAACGAAGCAGAACGGAGAAAAAGUGUUAAAAAAGUACAGAACAGACAUUUUAUUAUAUUUAACUUUAACAUUUACAGUUUAUCGUCUGUUGUGCUAAUUUUUAACCCGUCAAAUGUGAUUGCGUUCGAUAUCUUAAUAUUUGGCCCAACUUCGGUGCUGUCCGUAUGGUUUACGGAAAUAAAUUUUAGAUAAAUGUCUAAAUAUCAUAAUAAGUAUUGCAAGUGAAACCCAUACUCGUCGUUCGUAUUUGUGGCUCGGUGGCUAAUAUGCGGGAAAUUGCUGGUUCGAGCCCAUUAGCGAGAACUUUUUUAAUUUUCAUUUUUAGUUUUUUAUUGAUUUAUGUUUUAAAUUACAAAUGGACAGAGGAAAAUAGAAAUCCGCGGUAAAAUGUGUUUCGUACUAACAUUUUAACGAUCGAAACUGAAUCAUCAAUAUAGCUUGUUGUAAUUCAUAUCUAUGAAAUUUUGUAAUAUACUGAAAUGAACUGCGAAUAAAAAACAAUAUGAAAAAAAAACUUGUUAAAAUACAAUGGAGGAAAUAUUGGAUAAAAAAAUGUACAUGUACCAAGUGUUUGUUGAAAUUUGUGAAAAAAAAUCACAGACAUUACACGGUUUCGAUCUUAAGACCUCAAGGUUUCAAGCAGUGACCACUGAACUAUCGUGACUUUCGUACCUCCGUAUACACGCAAACCAUUUUAAUUGCAGGUUACUUUCCCUACACGAUAUGGAAUGUACCGAAACUCAAACGAAGAUUAAAAUAACCGACCGUGCAAUCAAUAUGCAUUUUGACAGGUCAGUGAAAUAGAACAAUAAAACCAUACGCAGUAAUGUAAUAAAUAAUAACAAAUGAAUGAGUUUAUGCAAGCAAAAACUAUAUAUAUUUUAUUACAACGAAUUCCAAUUCAUUUGUUCUUAGUUUUAAGGCCUUUUUUUAAGACAAAAAACAAAGUAAAAAUAAUCAACGCUUUAACAUUUGUAGACUUUAGUGAAUUUUAACAAACUUGGGAUGCCAAUGGUAAUAUACAACAUAUUUAGAAUAUAUUUGUACCUGUACGAUUUCUAUUGUGCAAAACAUUUUAUCCAUUAAUAACCAGAUAUCAAACUUUAAUUUCUUACACUUAACAAUUCCUUGAAAUUAGUUUUUAGUUGCUAGAGGACGGGGGAUAUAUCGAGUGACAUUAUUACAGUCUUCACUAGAACUUAGGUCAAUUUAUUGUAGGUACUUGUGCAAAGAACAGAAAACGAAACAAAAACUCAUUUUUACUUCAUCGUAUUUCAAUGAAAAUCUAUCACUUUUAAAUCAGCAGUAUAAAUGAAUGAUUCAUUUAAGAGAGUUGCCAGUUUUGCUUUCACAAAAGUUUGUUUUAGCCGACAGUGUGUCGAAUAUUGUCGUAUGUGAACGUGAGGUUUCCUUUGUAAUGAAUGGAUACUUUUUACAGGCUUAUAACAACACGACUCCCUAAGAUAUAUAUAUAAAUCACAGGUCGAUAGUUUGUGCUAUUGACUAUUUACUUGCGUAUAGUUGGAAAAUAUAUUUAGUUGAGCUAAAGUUAAAACCUGAAGCAAAGGUAUGAAAAUUUAAUUCUGAUGUAAUGUAAUAAACACUGCAUGUUAGAAGUCAAAACUAUUUACUCUUGAUAUCUAUUAUACCGAUAUUGAUAAAAUUAUAAUUAAUUAACAAAAAGUGAAACAUUAAAUGCAGUUUCAAAAUUUCAUCGAGUCGCCAGUGGGGGGUUUCCUCCCAUAAUGAAAUGGGAGUUUUUUUGCAAAAGUCGUUUUUCAACGCGAAAUCAUGUAAGAACAGUUUUUUAUUGUGUAAUUUAUAAAUCUGAGUUAAAAUAUUUUGAUUUGAAAAUUUUAGAAAAAAACCCACGAUUUUUUCUCCCGUAAUUGGUGAAGUGGGAGAAAUUCACCCGUUGGACCUCCGUUGGGUUAGCAAAAACCCCAUGGGAGGAAAAAAUACUCCCAUGGGAGGACCAACUUUGAAAACCUCCCAUGAAUUCAUUCUUUAACAUAUAAAGAAGGAAAUGACCAAUUAUUACUCUUUGGAGCUAGAACUGUCGUUUAAUGUCAAAAAAUCAGAGAAAAGUCAAAGGCAAAAGGUAGCCGAGUUUGCGAAAAUUCCGGAUUUGCAAACUAAAUCCGGAGACUGUUUCAUUUGUAACUUCGGUACUCUCGUACUCCAGUGAGGUAUGGGGGUUUUCAAGUGCUGAGUCUAUCGAACGUGUUCAUAGGAAAUUUUGAAGUGGGUUUUUAAUGUAAAAAAUGUCUGCUUUUAAUACAAGACUAUAUGGUGAAUCGGGAAGAUUACCAUUGAUAUAUGAAUGAAAAGUGAGACUGGUAAAAUUUUUUCUAAAAUUGCAUAAUAGAUGUGAAAAUUGUAUAUGUAUAUAAAAUGCGUAUUUGGAAAUUAUGUUAAGGUUGACGGAAAACAAUAUUGAUAAUUGAUCACUGAACAUGAAAAAUAUGCUGCAUCAACUGGGAUCUGGGGCCGUAUUCAUAAAACAUCUUAAGUAUAAGAAACUGAUUAUUCACUUAAGUAUUACUUGGGUAAGAAAUUUAUUUUACUUAAGUAUAUUUGUUAUUCAUAAAAAAAAUUAAAACGUAAUUCUUGGCUUUUAUUGUGGACGAAAACAUUAAAAAGAACAGGAUUAAUUUCAGACAGAUACAACAUGCACAAUUAUGUUUAAAGUGAUUUUAUCUGAAAAACAACACUUUUUUCGUACUCACGACACCAUUUUGUUUUCUGACUUAAGUCAUUUCUUACGUAUCUUAAGUUUAAGCUGUUUUAUGAGUAGGACUGAAGUUUUUACUUUGACUUAAGCUGAAAUCACCACAAACUUAAGUAAAAUCUUCAGCUUAAGUCAAAACUUAUACUUAAGAUGCUUUAUGAAUACGGCCCCUGGUGAGAUCUGGGUUUAUCCAAGAUCAGUUAAUUUUAACUUGUUUCUGUCUGUUUUAAAACAAAGGCUAAAAGAUACAUUUUUAUCUAGCUGGCUUGAAAACUUGAACAGUCAUCCAUCCUUAUACUUGUAUAAAGAAAUGAAACAGACGUUUGGAAUGGCUGAUGUCUUGAAGUAUUAAACAGUUUGAAACAUAGACGUGCAAUUGCUAAUAAAAGACUAGGGUCACAUGAUUUGUUGGUAGAGAAAGCUAAACAUAGUAACAAUCCUAUUCCUCGAAAUGAAAGACUGUGUUGGUUCUGUAUUUUAAAUGAUAUAGAGGAUGAAUUCCAUUUCAUUUUAAAAUGUACAUUGUAUAAUGACUUAAGGAAAAAAUACAUUAAAAUGUAUUACUAUAGAAAUGCAAGUGUAUACAAGUUUAUCGAAUUGUUAAAUUUUUCAAACAAGUCAGUGCUUAAUAAGCUAGCCUUAUUCAUUACUAAGGCUUUUAAACGAAGACGAUCUAAUAUCAGAAAUGAGAUGGUUUAACUUAAAUAUAAAACUUUAAUGCAAUGUAAUGUGAGAAGAAUUUUGCACUAUGUGUUUCUCGAUAUAUAAUAUAUUUCAUGUUUUUGCUCUAUAUAUGUUUUUUACGCAUGCUUGUGAAUAUUCAGUUGUGCUUAUGUCGAUGAGCUAUUUAUGCUUAAGACUAAUAAAACUUAUGUUAUGUUAUGUUA